AUGACGAGUUUACGAGGCACCUUAUUUGCGGCCAUCCGGUCUCUGGUCCGGGGCAAGUCCUUUCUCAAGGUCCUGUUGCUCAGACGGACAGAAGAGACGCCGGCGAUCCAGGCUCCGGAGGACACAGCACCGACAGAAGUAGAAUCGCCAUCUGCAUCACUUUCUCCAUCUGCAUCGACGCCGCUCUCAACGCCACUAUCGUCAUCCCCGUCUUCGACGCCGUCAUCGGCUGCAACCACUAUUCCAAUCUCACAACAGAUAAAUACAACACGACCAGUAGCGGAUUUCUUGAGUGAGGCUGAGGAACUACUGCUUCGCCCAGUUGAAAGUGCCCGCUUGGGCCUCUUUUCCCGGCAGCUCAAGGACCAGUACCGUGAACGAUUAUUUGCAAGCCCAGCAUGCAUGCUUCCGUCGUAUAACCACCAACUGCCCAAUGGCCAAGAGUUUGGCCGCUACCUAUGUCUGGAUGUAGGUGGAUCAACGCUCCGGGUGGCACUCAUCGAACUUCAUGGUCAGAAUCGGAAAGAGCUAGAAGAGCCCGAGUCGAACAUUCUUUGCAUUCAGACGGUUAAAAUCACCCCGGACGUCAAGAGGCUUGAGGGCAUGCAGUUCUUCGACUGGGUGGCUUUCCAUAUCGCCGAGACAGUGAGCAAAGUUGGAGGCGUCAAAAACGCUGCAGAUGAGGCCUUGCCCAUGGGCCUUGCCUGGAGCUUCCCUAUUGAGCAAACUUCCCUCCGCGGUGGCCUGCUCCAAGGUAUGGGCAAAGGCUUCCAUGCAGCCGACUCACUAGAGGGGCAGGACUUGGGUGAUAUAAUACAAACGGCUUGCACUUCAUAUGGGCUUUGUGUGGAGCUGGCUGCCAUCGUGAACGACUCGGCAGCGGCACUUCUUUCGGAGGCGUAUGUGCGGACAUCUACCCGUUUCAGCCUGAUCCUUGGCACCGGUGUCAACAUGGCUGUGCAUCUUCCAGUUUCCAUGAUAGGCCGGCCAAAGUUUGGGAGCCGCCCUGAGGCCUGGUUCGAUUCGGCUAGUCAUGUGAUAGUCAACACGGAGUUGAGCAUGUUUGGCUGCGGCCUUCUGCCGACUAUGCGCUGGGACAUGUUGCUCAAGGCUGAUCACUUGAGGCCCGACUUUCAGCCACUCGAACAGAUGGUAUCUGGAUACUACCUGGGCGAGAUUUGCAGGUUUGCACUGAUCGAGGCAACUACCACAACUGGCCUUUUCAGAGGCAUCCUUCCGCCGUCUUUGCUGAAGCCAUAUUCACUUGAUACUGAGACUUUGUCGAUUAUCGAAAGCGAUAGCUCUCCUUCUCUGGAAGAAGCCACAGCCAUCUUCCAUAGCCGCCAUCCUUGCAUUGACGGUUCGGCACCGACGAAGGCUGAUAUUGCUACUGUGCGGGCGCUUGCUUCGCUGGUUUCACAGCGAUCGGCCGCAAUCGUUGCCGCGGCUGUAUAUGCAAUGUGGUUGCUCAAAAUCGAAACGGAAGGCGAGCUUCAACACGGACUAGCAGAUUCUAGUGAAGGGAUGCUGGCACGACGGCAUGCAGAUGCAGCCAAGGCGGAACUCUCCAUCAUGCACGAGCGCACUGCGGUGGCGUUCAACGGAUCUGUGCUCGAACGAUACCCGCGAUACCUAGAGCAGUGCCAGGGUAUUUUGAACGAGCUUCUUCUCGGUGAUGCCAAAGCUGGUGAACCGGCGGGUGUGAUUGAGAUGGUGCCGGCCAAGGAGAGUUCGUUGUUGGGUGCAGCAGUGUCUCUAGCUUGCCUAAAGGCUUGA